ACCUUUUGUAGAGUUGUAAGCAAUAGAAAUUAAUUACUCCUAAUCAAAUUAGAACCGGCCGACACAUUCAAGGAAUUUAAUAAAUAGAAGCUUAUUGCAAAUCUAAAAAUAUGCAACAAUUAUUUAUUUACUACAUAAAAAUUUGGUUUUAUAGAAAAAAGCAAACAGGGAAUCCAUGGACAGAAUAUCCGAGUUGUCAGAGGACAUCUUGCAGAGAAUACUUUCUCUCCUCUCCCAAGAAGAUGCUGUUCGAACCUCUGUCUUGUCCAAAUCAUGGCGUGAAAUUUGGUGCACUCGACCCAAUCUUGAUUUGUCAGACACAAACUUCAAACAAGAAUUUAUAUCCACCGUUGACAAGACUUUACAGCGAUACUGUGAUCAAAGGAUUUGCUUAGAGAAAUUUCAACUUUCUAUGUCUCUAUACUAUUCGCAUUCGGAACUUAAACCCGUUUGGUUUCUUGAAAAGUGGAUCCGAGCACUAACAAACAUGGGUGUGAAGGAGUUUCGUCUUUCUAUUUAUUCGAAACGUAUUCAGAGACGAAGAAGGAGAAGUAUUAAAGUGCCGGCUGUAGUCUUCGAGGCGGAAUCACUCCAAGAUUUGCAUGCGGAAGGAUUCACGUUGGACCAAACGUCUAUCGGAAGGAAUAUUCUCUCUAAGCAUCUGAAAAAACUUCAUCUCGAAAAGGUCAACAUCGAGGACAAGAUUUUUGAGAAGAUAAUUACAAGCUGCCCUUUGAUCGAAACUAUGUCUCUCGAUUCAUGCAAUAAGUUAAGAAACAUCAAGGCGUAUAAUCUUCGCCAUCUCAGGGAAUUUUCCUUUUCAGCUUCUUUUGACGAAACAGAAUGUAGCAUAGAAAUCUAUCCGCCAUCUCUUGAAACCAUCCAUAUCACUCGGGGUAUUAUUUCGUUUCAAAAAGGUGCGGAAUUUCGUAAUCUCAAAACAAUAUUUCUGAGUGAGGUCCAAUUUUCGUUGUGUUCUUCGUGUCGAUUCCCAAGUCUAACAGAGUUGGAUAUUCUUUAUUGUGAUGUACUCGAAGAACCCAUGGAAGAAUCCAAUCUAUUUAUCGAUGCACCAAACAUAGACUCUUUUGUUUACUACGGAUCUCUUAUCCCGUCCAUCUCGUUUUCAACGACUUCUAGAGAGUGGAGUUCAACUUUAUAUUUAGUUUUUAGCGAUGAUCCUUCUUUGUGGUUACUCAAGCUAAGUACACUGCUCGAGUCGUUAAGCCGAUCCGAAAUUUCUCUCCGUAUUAGCCCGUACCGCGUUAAUGCUGAGGACAUAUUUCAAGAUAACCACGAUCUGGUACAAUAUAUUAAAGAUGAAAAUAAAGCUGCAGUUAUGGUGGACAAGUUGAUAUUACUAGGUAAUUUAUCUUACUUUUCGGCUCUGUCGAAUGGGUUGUUUUCCAUUUGUCGUCCAAGAACCAUCGGUGAUGUCAACUACACAAACUCCGAGUCUGCGUUGAAGAAUCUAAUGCAGGGAGAAGGUGGAAACCAAGAUGAAUUAAGACAGCUGUGGCUGCCGGAUUUGGAGGAAGUAAACUUGGAGAUUUACGACAAUAACCGAUAUGAAUGGGAUCCGACAAGUUUGUCAGAUUUGCCGGACUACGAGGAAGGGAAACGUAUUUCUACUCGCUUUUCAUUGAAAUGGAGACAAAAUUUGUGA